AUGGUUUUACUGCCAGCUGCUAUCUUAUCCAUCGCUUCUUUAACUUCAGCUAUUUUAGGCUUUCGUUACACAACUUCACUUAGCAAUGUUGAAACUGAGGCGCCUUCAGUUAUUAUCAAUGAUCAUGUGAUGAUACCUUUCUUUCCUCUUAAGAAUAAGGUUGUAGCGCCUGUGCUUAGUACUCGUCGUUCAAGUACAGAUUCAACUUCUGGAAAGCGUCGUCUCAUAAAUGCCAUCAAUGAAGUUUCCGAUACUUCAGAUGCUCAUACCACAAUACAACAUUUAGAUAAUCUGACAGAAAUGUUAAUAAACUGCGAUCAAUUAUUAUCUAAACCAAAACCAUUUGGUCAUAUAAUCAAAACGGCACCAAUUGUAGGAUGUUUAAUCGGACUUAAUCAAAAAGUUCCAGAAUCGAUUGAUAAUCUUUCAAUCAUGACACCUUUUAAUGAUCAUGAAGCUCUUCGAAUCAUCAACGUUCUUCAAAAUUUUGUUUCCACUCAACAUUCAUUAUUGUCUACUAUAAUUGAAAAACGUGGAAAGAUUUAUACUAGACCUAUUCGAGUUGCACUUUUAGAUCUAGAAAGUGUAGUUGAUCAAUUGACUUAUGCUAUUAUAGAUUUAAUUCCUACUAGACAACCGGAAGGUAGUUCAGCAAAAAGUGUUUUAGAUCGAUCUUUCAAUCAAGCUAUCAGGAUUUACUCUUAG